ACACCGAUUAUGGCUUACCUAUAAUAACAAAGAUUGCAAACAGAAUAAUAGAAACAUAUUCGAGUCAGUAAGAGAAAAAUAUUAUUUACUGUGUGUUCUUUCUACCCAUCAUAUAUCCCUCUUAUUACCUUGUCUUGCUCUUUGAUUUUAUCUUCAAACAGAUUCAGUAUCAAAUUUACCAAUAAUCAGAUCAGUCAUUUAUUUGUGUAACAUCAUAAUGGACAACAUAGAUUGGCUACGACCGCCGGAACAGGAAUUGAACAUCGAAGUCGACGCCAAGACAAUAAUAAAGGCGUGUAAGGAUAAAGGAUUGAAUAAAGUGCCGCAACAUUCGUUAUUGAAUUCUCGUCAAAAAGCACCGUUCAACCCGAAUCAACCCAAUCAACGAUUAUUGGAGGAACACCUACGGCCGUGCACGCCGAGCAUACUUCUAAGUGAUAAAAAUGAAGCAUUCAAUCCGUGGGUACGAGAUUUUUGUCUGGGGCAACCAAUCGUUCUGAUAACCGGUCUUACGAAAAUUCUCAAUUUUAACUUGAGCCUUUUCCAAACCAAAACCAUAGUCAAGGCAGAUCCGGAUGGAAUCAUCGAGGUGCGUGAGCAAAUGCUUCAAACUAAUGACGAAAACUGGAAUCAAGCAUAUAACCAGAAAGUUUGGGACUAUUAUAGUCAUCGAGAUUAUUCGUCGAUCAGCGAAUAUGCGCUUUAUCAAAAUAAAGAAUACCUGAAGAGCAAAAAAGAGACAAACACACAGAACAAGCAAGACAUUGAAGACAAAGAAGAUUCGAAUUUCGAUCAGUUAAACUUGAAAGAGGAUCAAAAGAUAGAAUGCAAAAAGAAGAAAAUAUGUUUCGGCACCAAUGUGGAUUUAUCAAACAUGAGAAAAUGGAAAUCACAAUUGAAAGAGCUAAAGAAAUUGCCACCCUUAUUCCAAGUAGAAUCAGAUGACAAUAUGCUCAACUACGUCGGUUACAACAUUUUGGGAAUGAAUACUAUUCAAUUUUACAUGGCGGUACCCGGUUGCAGAACACCUGGUCAUCAAGAGAACAACAACUUUUGCUCAGUUAAUAUCAACAUUGGACCGGACGACUGCAAAUGGUUCGCGGUACCAUAUGAAUACUGGGGCGCAUUAUAUUCCCUUUGUGAAUGCCACAACAUCGAUUAUUUAAAUGGCAGUUGGUGGCCAAAUUUAGAUGAAUUAUAUGAAAAUAAUAUUCCGGUAUACAAAUUCCAUCAAAAACCAGGCGAUCUGGUAUGGGUGAACGUUGGCUGCGUAUAUUGGAUGCAGGCGAUUGGCUUUUGCAACAACAUUGCGUGGAACGUAGGACCGUUUACUGCUAAACAAUACCAAGCUGCAAUCGAAAGUUAUGAGUGGAACAAGUUAAGAGGAGUUCAAUCGAUCGUACCAAUGGUGCAUUUAUCUUGGAACCUGGCAUGCAAAAUUAAGAUGUCAGAUAUGCAACUGUACAAAAUGAUUAAAAAUUGUUUGUUUCUGACACUGAGGCAAUAUUGUUUAACAUUGAAAUUUGUGAAAAACAAGGGUGCUGAAAUAGAAGCUUAUAACUGUGAUACAUCCUAUUGUGUUAAGUGCAUGAUCGAAUUAUUUGGCAUUUUAUUUAGUCUCCCGAAAAACAAUCAAAAUGUGCCAUAUUGCUUGGAUUGUGCGCUUAAAAUUUCUCCUUUAUUGGAAGGAUUCGUUUGUGUAGAAGAAAAAAACAUAUACGCCUUGAUAAAUAUUUAUGAUAAUUUUAUUUUAAAUGAAUUGCCAACUGAUAAUGGUGCAUUUACUUGCUCUAAACUAAACUGGCAAAAUCUGGAGGAUGGAUUGGAUAUCGAUGCUAAUGCCAGAACCAUCAUAGAAGCGUGCGAGAAUAAAGAAUUGAAUAGCGUGCCAGAAUACUCAUUAUUUAACGUUUGUCAGGCACCUCUGGAUCCGCCUAAGCAACAAUUGCAGAAGGAACAACUACAUCCGUUUAUUCCGGCCAUCUCUUUAACUAGUGAAAAUGAAGCAUGGGAACUCGAGCCAUGGGUGAAGGCAUACUGUUGGAAUCAUCCAAUUGCUUUGAUACAUGACUUGACCUCAAUUGUGGGUUUUAAUAUGAAGCUUUUUUGGACUGAGAACAUACGCAAAACAUUUCGGAAAUUCAAGAUCGAAAGGCGCACACAGAUGCAGCAAAGUAGUAUAGAGAACUGGGAUAAAACAUACAGCAAUAAAGUCUGGAAAUGUUAUAAUCGUCGAAGUUAUAUGACUUUGAAGGAGCAUGAAAAAGAUCAAACUAUUAUGCCUAGCGAAAUCAUAAACGAAUAUGAGGACGAACAAAUUCAUAUGACAUCCGAAAACAUGCUGCAUAUAAAAAGGAACAAGAUACACUUGGAUACUAAUGUGGAUAUAUUGAAUUUGAAGAAAAAAUGCAAGUUGCAGCUAAAAGAAUUAAGGAAGCUGCCAUCUUUUUUGCAAGUAGAUUCAGAAAACAAUAUGCUCAGCUACAUAGACCAUAAGAUCUUGGGAGUAAACACUUUACAAUUAUAUCUAAUGGUACCUGGAUGUCGAAUAACUGGUCAACAACAGAAUAACAACUUUUGCACAGUUAGUAUCAAUGUCGGAUCAGGCAAUUGCGAAUGGUUUGUGGUACCAUACGAAUAUUGGGGAGUAAUAUACUCACUCUGCGAACAUAACGACGUCGAUUUUGUGAACGACAGCUGGUGGCCACCAAGUCUGAAUGAAUUAUAUGAGCAUAAUGUUCCAGUAUACAAAUUUUUUCAAGAAAAAGGCGAUAUAGUAUGGUUAAAUGUCGGCUGUGUAUAUUGGAUACAGGCUAAUAGUAUAUGCAACAAUAUUAUGUGGAAUGUUGGGCCGUUCAUGGCAAGACAAUAUCAACUCGCACUCGAGCGUUAUGAAUGGAAUAAGCUGCAUUCAUUUCAAUCGAUUGUGCCAAUGAUCAAUCUGUCAUGGAACUUGGCGCGCAAAACCCAAAUAUCAGAUCCGCAACUGUACCGACUAAUUAAAACCUGCAUGCUGCUGACAUUGAAACAAUGUUACUUGUUAUUGAAGUUUGUCAAGAACAAAGGCGUGGAAGUGGAAUCUUAUGAUGGUUACGAAGUGAUAGCGCAUUAUUGCGAUAAAUGUCUGAUUGAGUUGUUUAGCAUAGUGCUUAUUCAAGAGCAUAGGAAAAACCCUGUGUCAUAUUGCUUGGAUUGUGCACUUAAAUGUUGUCCUUUGUUAAAAGGAUUCAUCUGCUUGGAAAAGCAUAAUAUAAAAGACUUGAUGGAUGUUUACGAUAAUUUUACUCUAGAUUUAUCAAUGAUUUGCUCUUAAUCAUUCAUUUCCAUUUUCCCUGAGGGAGCGUUUUCAAUUUUCUUUAUUUUAAUA